AUGAACGAGAAAAAGACUAGCUGUCGUAAAUUCAGAUCAACUCAAUCACAGGAUCUGUUAUCUAUCUUAGGAUACUCUCAACGUAACAAACUAUUGAAGAUGGCAUCCAUGACAUCUGAUGUUGGUGAAUCGAAACGACCAAUUGUUGAGAAUUCAAGGCUUACAGGACAGUCGUCACUUGGCGAAGUAUUAACAUCUUUGUGUUACAAUCCUUCGGAAAGUUUACUAACCAUCAAAAUCCUGCAUGCUAAAGAAUUGAAACCUCUCUUCAAGAAUAGAACAAUUAAUCCCUUCAUCAAGGUAAGAGUUUACGAUGAUGGAGAGAGAAUAUACAGUAAGAGAACCAGUACAAAGUACAACACGACGUCGCCAAAUUUCCUUGAGUCUUUUGACGUUAUUGUGACGAAGAGCAGAAUGGCGAAUACCAACAUUGUGCUGAGCGUUUACCAUCGCUCAAACGGCCCACUUCAUCGAAAAGUAAUGAGAGGCUCCAUCCUUAUUGGCGAGCGUUUUGAAUUACAUGAAUACUUCAUGUUAGAUAAGGCGAGACAACAUUGGAAGAUCAUUACACAGAAACCGUAUUUCAUCAUGGAGAAAUAUCAUCCAGUUCAAGCUAUCAGUUGA